AUGUCUCCUAAUAAUAUCCUAAAGUUAUAUAAUAACUACGAAAUAUUCGCCGACGCUAAGGAUACUACUAUAUCCAAGAUUCGAAAGCAGGUUAUCAAAGAUUUGCCAAAGCUCUGUAAGGGACGUAAAGAACAUACUCAAAGAAUCGCUGAUAUCUUAUCACGGCUUUUACAAUCUGAUGAUACUACAGAAAUUAAUGUGGUCACCAACUCAUUGAGGAGUGUAUUAAAAAGUGAUCCAAAAGGAGCACUCACAGGCAUAUUUGGUCAAAUACACCGUACCACAAAUGGAGAGGUUGCUAAUGAAAUUUUAAGGGCGCGCUGUAUCAAAUUUUUGGCGACUCAAGUUAAACAACUUGGACGAGAAAUCAUAAACAAGGAAGCAGAAGAGCUAAUUAUUUAUGAAUGUAAAAAAAUAUUAAAGAAUGUUGUUGCUGAAGAGUUCGAGCACAUCAUGGAAUUACUUACCUGGUCCAGACUUGGUAAAACUCCAGCAGGAAAAAGGGAAUUAGUGCAACUAGUGGCAUCAUUAGCGUUCUCCCAAGAAGACUGGCAUCCGGAAGAUCCAAAAUAUGUUGAUAGACUCAUAGAAUGCUCUCGACAUGCUUUACCAUUAUUUUCUUCCCAAGUAGAUUCAUCACAGUUUGUCAAGUUCUUCUGUGACCACGUGUUAACCCGUUGGGAUGAUAUAACUACAACAGGAGGUCAUGCUGAUUCAAAGUUGGAAUUACUGAAAAUAUUAGCUGAAAUUACAGAGUUCUGUAGAGAUGUGGAAAAAUUGCAAGAGAAAAUAAUUGCUGUUUAUGAUAUUCUUCUGAAAUACUUGCCAGAGUUUCCAGUUGCUACUAAGGAAAAUGGUGCAGAUAGAAUUAAUCAAGGAACUGAAACUAAACCAGAAGAAUGUUCAGCUACUCCAUCUUUACAGUUUUCUCAUAUGGAAUGUGUAUUGUUUGCACUACAUUCGUUGUGUCGCAUAUCACCAGAGACACUUGGCGCUGAUACUGUUCGACUAAGAACUUUGCGUUUACGUUUGCAAUAUACUGCAAGACUAACACAAGGUGCACAGGGCAGUAAAGGACAACAAGACUUUGAAGAAAACGAAUUGGAAAUUCCAGCACCAAAGACAAUAUCAAAUAUCAACAUUCUCAUCGGAGAUAUAUUCCGUACUCCACUAAGAAUUAAGAGUAAAGUACAGUUGUCGUUCCAGUCCACUAAACAACCCAAGAAAGAGGAAAAACAAGAUAACGCAGUAAACAAAGACAAACUAGUCUCAGCACAAAAACGACACCGGCCAAUUACAUUCGAUAAUGAUGACGAAAACUUCGCCUCUGAAAAACGAGCCCGCACUAGCGAUAACAUUUACAAACCAUCGUUUAGAAAAUACAGUUCUAGAAAAGGUCUCUCAUUCUCUCUCCGCGGCUUUAAAGGUCGAGAAUGGUAUGGCAGGCGCGUCUUACACGACAACGACGCAACAGAUUAUUAA